GAAAAAAGAAACAUGUAUUUAUAUACUCUCUUCUCUCUCCUCUCCCCCUAAAAUCACUACUGCUAAUGAGUACGCUUUGGUAUUUGUUUUUCCUUUCCUGAUUUUUCCCCAUUUCGCGUUGUAUUCCCCAACACCAAAAUAAACCUCUGUCUCUCCCAAUUUUUUCUUCCACACACUCAGCCAGCAUAAACCUAUACAACGUAUCCAUCGCUGUUUCCCCAUAUUUAUUCAUCGAGGGAAGAGGAAAUUUAUUGCUUGUUUGAUUGUUUGAUAGUGUCUUUUUUUUUUUCGUUAAUUUUUUUAAAAAAGGUGAAAUAAAAGUGGGAUCUUGUCCCUUUCUACAAAUGCUCGUAGCGGGCGAGGUAAUAAUAUGAAUUAAAGUUGAAUUAGAUUGCGAUAAUUUGAUUUGAACUCGAGAGGUUUUCAUUUGAACUGAGUUCUGUUGAAAAAUGAUUUUAUAUUUACUUCUGGUUCUGGACAUUUAAAGUUUUUUUUUGAUUGGAUGGAACAUUAGAAUAAUUUCUUGAUCCGAUUCUUCAUUCGAAAGAAAAUUAAAUAUUUUUUCACCGCUUUGCUGGAAAGUGCUGAAUUUUGGGCUUUAUAUCUUUUCCGCGAUGAACCGAAAAUUCACUUUGAUUAGUUGAAUUGGAAUUUGCUUUUCUGCUCUUUCGAAUUUAGGGUUCUCGGCACUUGCGUGAUUGGUUUUGCUUUUGUUGGAUAUUAUCUAGGGUUUUCAAAUCUGAUCAGCUUGUUAAGGAGGCGGAUUUGCAGUUGGAAUUAGGGUUUUGAUCAGCAAAUUUGGAACUUUGGGGAUUCAGUUGCAAAUCCUGAGGUAUUGGGGCACCUGUGAAGCGAAAUCAACUUAGUGGAUACAAAGCUGAUGGGAGUUGGCUUUGAUCGUAAGGAGCUUAAGAAGCCUCGUUUCUGAGUGUAAGCAUUGUAACUGUGCCAAAGUUGUUUUUCCAAAGAAUAUGGAAGAGGACUGUUCUUACAAAAUAUAACUAAUAAGACACUGGAAAAAUCAGAAUUUAUGGAACUCUUAUGAAUUAGUGGGCUCUUUGUUUUUCUUUUAUCGAACUGGGGAAUGAUUUUGGGAUUGAAUUUUGAUGAUAAGGUCGAGGAGGUGAAGGUGAUGAUCAUCAAGUGUCAUUCGCCUAGUAGACCUGUCCUAAGAUCCUCAAUCAGGAAGCAGUAGUCCUUUCUCAAGAAGCCCUUCGGAUUAACAUAGAGUAGUUGCAUAUGCAUUUACUGCAAGAGCUAUAGAUAUCAGCACUUGGUAUCUUGAUUAGUUGCAAACUGUAGUCAGUUAAUACCUAGCCUGCUAUUGCAGUUGAGUUUGGAGGUUUUUACGUUUUACAAAAUUUGUUGUGUGUUUAUGUUGAAGAAUUUAUUGAGUUGAAGUUGGAGUCCGUCUGUUUGGUUUCGUGGACUCGGGUGUAAAGCUUGAGCUAGCAGAAGGGUGAUUAGGGUAUAAGGAUCAGUACAUGCAGAGCUAGAUGGUGGAGUACUGAAGCUGGAAGUCAAUGUGGGGUCAUGGUGCAUGGACAGAGAUUUAAUCGCUGGUCUGUUCCCGCUUUGGAACUCUGCUAUUCAAGAAUAGUAAUCCAAGAACAUUGUUUUCUUGAUCGUAGUUAUUUCAUCUCGACGGGGAAAGUGUGCAAUGUCUCGCUGCUUUCCAUUUCCACCACCAGGAUAUGAAAGAAAGCACAGCACCUGCGACUUGGACUUAUUGAAAGAGGCAAAGCGCAAAGAGAAAAAGCACAAAAAGGAGAAAAAGGAUAAGGAAAGAAAGAAAGAUAAAGAUAAAGAGAGAGAGAAAGAGAAAGAUGGAAGUGAUGAGAAACAUAGGGACAAGAAAGAUCGAAAAGAAAAACACAAGGACAAGAAGGAAAAGCACAAGGACAAGAAGGAAAAGCACAAGGACAAAAGGAAGGAUAAGGAAGAUCGUGGCAAAGACAAGGAUAAAAGCAGCAUAUCAGAAGAGUCAACAGUUGCUGGGAAACUUGAGGAUAGAAGUGGAGGGAAGCUUCAGCCAAAAGUACACAGCAAAGAUAGAAGUGGUUUCGGGAAUGAAGCGACAAGUUCUAGCCCAUUUCAGGGUCAAAAUGGCGGGAAGCCUUCACAAAGCUGCUUGCCUUCCCAGUUCAGUGAGGAAUCGAAAUUCCUUCAGGAACUGGACAGGAGGAUCAGGGAUGAUCAACGGGGUGGUGGGAGCCAGUUGCCUGAGCGAGUUGCAGUUCUGGACAAUAAAGAUCAAGAGAUGGUAUCAAGAGGUGCCAUCACAAACUCUUCAGGACUACUGGUAGAGGAAAAGGGAGAUAACAAGAAUAAGAGAACUGAUAGAAAAAAUGGUCCUCAAGGGCUGAAAAAUGAUUUUAGUGGAAGUAAAAUGGUGCAGAGCCUUGUGCCAAAUACCAAAGCUAAAGUUGAAGGGGUCCCCAAACCAGUGGAUGAAGAGAAUGGGAGGAGGUGGGAAGACAGGGAGAAAUGUAAGGAAACAGGUGUUUUUAAACAGGGGGACAAGCAGAAAGACCGGGUUAAGGAGAGCCCUGUGAAGGAAAAGGACAAGGAUAAAGAGAAGAAAAUAGACGUGAAUGCAAAGAUUAAAAAAGAAAAUAAGAAUUGCAGUCAGAACCAGUUUAAAAAUGAUGGGAGUAAUGAUCCUGGCGGCAUUACCGGUAAACGUAGUAUGGACUUGUUGAAGGAAACCAACAGUAAUUCUGCUACUGAAGGGAAUUUCAGGAAAAGAAAAGAUGAAAAUACAAAUGGUUUCCUCCAUGAGAGUGAAAUCAGGCCGAAUAAAAUGCAAAGGUCUGCUCCUCACCAGUUGACAGAGAAUGGAAGGAAACUUGAUCCUUUCCAGACUCCCACAAAACCAUCUCAUGAUAAGCACGCUGUUCCUAAUAGUGCUAGAGUGGAUAAUAGAGAGAGGGUGAAUGGCUUCACUGUAGCCCAUAAACCGUCACCACAAAAGCCAAAAUCUUCUGCAGCAGCUAUGGUCAGCAACCAGGUCAGUGAAGCUUCAAAGGUACCUCGUCAUGAUCCCCCUUCUGUGAACAAGACACUGAAGGUGCCGAAACUUGAGGACCUAAUUGCUGAAACAUCAAGAAGGCCUCCCCAUCCCGAUUCCAAGUUCCUGGCUGAGGUACUAACAGUACCCAAGGUGGAGGACUGGUCUGAACUUGACUACCAGGACUGGCUGUUUACCGAGAAAGGUCAUGCUGGUAAGCAUAAGGUGGAAUCGGUCAGGGACAAGGACGACCAGCAUGUGUGGUCAGAAGCUGUACAUAUAGAAUCAGCAGAUAUUUGUGCUAUGCCUUAUGUGGUCCCUUACUGAUUGUUGGCCAAACUGCUACCUUCUGCUAUCUUAAGCUCUGCACGUUGAUCGCCAACAAGUAGCUGGCUUGUGUAGUUGGCCUUUUUGCUCUGUCACACAGGCGUAUUUCUUGCCUGUGUCUGUACUGAUGAGCAUGGGCUGGCGGCGUGGUCUCUCUCUCAAGACUACAGGCGUGGCUUAGAGGGUGGGGCGGUUGUCACACAACCUAAUUUAAUCCUCGAUAUACCUUGAGAUUGAUUCGAGGUGCAACUCCAGCGUGCACGAGACUUGGCAUGGAGCUCUGCAGUUGAGCAUACGGCAUGAAGCUAAUGUAUCCCUUGGUUUAUUGAGUGUAGCUCUAGAAUCACAUCACCACAAUUUUGGGUUGUAACAUAGAACUCUAAAUUUACAUGAAAAUGUAAGAUAGAGGGGGAAAGGAAAGGGAAGGGGUAGUUCCAUUCAUUUGAUUAUAACUGAGAUGUAAUUGUUGUUCAUAGUCCCACUCGGCUUCUAUAAUAUAUCUGGUGUUUCUGCAGAAUUUCAUUA